UAGCUCUCUCUGAAAUGAAGAAGUGCAAUACUUAAGAAAAUGAGAGUUUCUAAAAGUGGGAGGGAAAACUGAACUCAGAAUAUCUAGAACAAGGCUUUCAUUCCUGGACUUUUCUACAAAAAAGAACUAAGUGAACUAGUUGCCAGCACAAUCUGCCACUGUGGAGAGGGUUGGGUAAAGACAAUGGGGAACCUCUGGUUAGUUCUCCUGCCCCUGUCCUUGGCAGCCACUCAUGGAGUCAAGGGCUGCUUGGAGUGUGACCCCAAAUUCACAAAGGAUAUUCGGACCUUGCUAGCAAAUAUGGUACCCCAUGAUGUCCCUGGAAGAACUCAACUGCUUGAAAGGCACAUUAAAUUGAUGGUUCGUUUAAGCUUCCAGGUUUCCCACAGGGACAAGAUGCUUCGAGUAUUAGAUGUUUCCAAGGUUGUCAAGUUGAGAAUAUGGCUGAAGGAUGAACUUUAUAGACUGGGUAACAAAACAUGGAAAGGUGCCUUUAUCUUUCAAGGAAGGUUUCUGAAUGUCCGCCAGAACUUGGAAUCCAAAGUGAAAGAAGCACUGAAGGACUUCUCUGAAGUUGCUUGUUCUGAAGAUUGCACCGUGAUUGAAGGUCCUAUCCUUGAUUGUUGGACCUGCCUUCGCAUCUUUACUCAGUGCUUCAAAGGAGAAUACUGUGGAGAUGAUGAUCCAAGGAAGGCUGAGAAUCGAGAGAUUAUACUAUUUUUGAUAUUCCUAACAGAAGCUGUCAUAUUGGCAAGUGUUGUAUUACUCUUCCAUAUCUGUAUAUCUCAUCGGAGGAAAAUGAAGCAAAUACGAAGGACAUUAAAGCAAUAUUUGGAGAAGAAACUUGAAGAAUUGGUGAGGGCAACAGAUAAACAGGAGAAAAAUGUCCUGGAUCCAGAAAAUAAAUAG